AUGUUAUUUGUACUCUUACUUCUAGUUUUUAACAUUUUAAUUGAAUCGAGUAACUUGAAAGUUAAUGCUAAUGCGUUAUCGUAUCGCAAAAUAAAUAAAAGAGCAGAAAUAGACAAAGUUACAAAAUUCGUAGAUCCAUUGAUUGGUACACAAAAUGAUUUGAGUCAUAUUUUGACGCAAGGUGGAAGUUCAAAAUUCAGAGGUGGUUCUAUAUAUACUGUUUCGCCAUCCCAGAUAACAGGAGUUGGUCAUUAUUCUGGAGGAUGGAAUGAAGGUUCAAAAUAUUCUAUAUAUUUUUGUUCUCAAUUUAACAAAAAUUCCAGUUCUUUUGGUACAUUUUGGAAGAACUUUAUAACUGAAAAAUCGACCUUUCAGAGUUCAUUUGACAUACCUUUUGAUACACCUGCUAUUGCAAAAAAUCACUCUACUGAAAAUAUUUAUGUUCAAAGUGUUAAAUUAAAUGGUGUAAAUUGGUAUAAAACUUGGUUUAGACAUCAAGAUAUUAAGAAUGGUGGUAUUUUAGAAGUUGAAAUGGGAGACGAAGUUAGUACAACAUGGGGUGUUAAUAAUAAAGAAAAUGGAGAAAGUAUAGUACCGCCUA